CGAUAUUCAAUGUAAAAAAAAUAUGGAAAAGGAGAAAAUGAAUGGCACGACGAAGGUGGUUAAAGAGGAGGUGAAUGUAGAUGUGAUUACUUUUAAUGAUCAACAUGAGGAUGCUAUAGAGGUUCGUAAUGAAAAAGAAAUUGUAUGUGACUCCAAUAUCAAGAUGUCACUACCUUUAAAGACAAUACUCAGAUUUGUUGAAAAGGUAAUGGACAAAGAUUCAGGGAUUCGUUACCAACUACCAUUCUCGUUAUUUGGUAUCGGUAGGAAGACAUUUGUUCUUCGAGAAGAUAUUAUUGAUUUUUGUAACAUGCGAGAAGUCAACACUUUGACAUGGCGUAAGUACUCAUUCAUCCACUCUAAUCUUUUUGUAUAAAUACUCGUUUAUUCAUUUUUCUAUCUUUCUUAGGUAUUUGCAUUCGUAAGAUGAACUUUCAAAUUACAUCUUCGUUGACCUGUCCCUUAUAUCUGUUGAACACAAUACAAAAGAAGUUAGAGCUCGCAAUCUUUGCAAUAGAUUAAUGGCUUCAAAACCAAACGAACUUGUUCUGCUUCCAUUCAAUCCA